CUAGACCUCGGGUAGCUGGGUUUGUUCUAUUGUUCUAAAACCCUAUAAUAGUCUGCCGUUGUGCUUUUGUACUGUAUAUCGGAUCAUCCCUCUGCCGGGACGGUGACCUCAGUGUGUCGCACUUAAACGUUCCCUACAUUUCUGGACUUUCUUUGCAAUACCUGGUUCUAACUAUACUUUACCAUGUCUGGACCGAAUAAGCGUUUAAUAUACACUCAGACGGAGUUGCAGCGUUUUGUUGCGCGAUCCUGCUCAAUGGAACCCCUUAGCUUGAUCACGCUCGCUCUCUGAUCGUAAGGGAAUGCCCUUCGACACUUCUCUGGCGCUUUGGACCACGCUUUGGUUCGGGGGCCGCAUUCGGGAGCAAAUCGGAGCAGAGCGGAGCUUUCAAGCGGAGCAAAGGACUUUUGGCGCGGUACUUCUCCUGUCUGCCUAUCCAGGCCGCAGGGCCCGCGUGCCCUUGGAGAAAGGGCGUGUGUGCCGUUGGGAUCCGGCCUGUGCGCCGCAAGCAACGGGCUUUGCGCCCUUGCCUUAUGGACAAUGGAUGGCAUACGUGCCCUUAUGAUACGGCCUGUGCGCCGCAAGCAACGGGCUUUGCGCCCUUGCCUUAUGGACAAUGGAUGGCAUACGUGCCCUUAUGAUACGGCCUGUGUGCCGCAAGCAAUGGGCUCCGCGCCCUUGCUUUAUGGACAAUGGACGGCAUACGUGCCCUUAUGAUACGGCCUGUGCGCCGCAAGCAACGGGCUCCGCGCCCUUGCUUUAUGGACAAUGGACGGCAUACGUGCCCUUAUGAUACGGCCUGUGUGCCGCAAGCAACAGGCUCCGCGCCCUUGCUUUAUGGACAAUGGACGGCAUACGUGCCCUUAUGAUACGGCCUGUGCGCCGCAAGCAACGGGCUCCGCGCCCUUGCUUUAUGGACAAUGGACGGCAUACGUGCCCUUAUGAUACGGCCUGUGCGCCGCAAGCAAUGGGCUCCGUGCCCUUGCUUUAUGGACAAUGGACGGCAUACGUGCCCCUAUGAUACGGCCUGUGCGCCGCAAGCAACGGGCUCCGCGCCCUUGCUUCAUGGACAAUUUACGGCGUACGUGCCCUCAUGAUACGGCCUGUGCGCCGCAGGCAACGGGCUCCGCGCCCUUGCUUCAUGGACACUUCACGGCGUACGUGCCCUCAUGAUACGGCCUGUGUGCCGCAGGCAACGGGCUCCGCGCCCUUGCUUCAUGGACAAUUUACGGCGUACGUGUUCUUAUGAUACAGCCUGUGCGCCGCAAGCAACGGCUUCGCACCCUUGCUUUUGGGUAAUAGAUGGCAUACGUGCCCUUAUGAUACGACCUGUGUGCCGCAAGCAACGGGCUCCACACUCUUGCGUUGUGGAUUAUAGACAGCAUUGAAAUGCUUACGUGCCUUCGUUGUACAUGCCUUUGCGUUGUGGACAAUGUGUGGUCUGAGCGCCACGUUCGGAUACGGCGUGUGUGCCGCCAGCAACAGGCUUUGCGCCUCGCAUCAUUUGUCUUGCGAUAUGGCCCGUGUGCCGCAUGCAAUUAUGCUGCCUGCCCUGUCGUUAUGGACGCUUCGACUUGUUGCGUGCCCUGCUGCGUGCCCUGUCGCAAUACGCCUUGAGUGUACCGUGCACGGCAAGCCUGCGCCUCGCUAUUGCUUCGUGUUGACAACGGAGCGGGCUUACGUGAUCAUGCGUCACCCUGUACGUCUUGAGGUCCACACGCACAUCAUACUAUCACGCGGCAUCACCCUUGUAGUUUGGCUGACGCACCCCAAGCCAACCUAUAUGCAUUCGAUGUGUGCGCUAGGCCCAAGUGCCAAAUUUGUUUUUCCAGAUAUUUCGCCCUCAGUGAGCGAUGUGGAGUUUUGUGCAGUUCGGCCAGCAUGCUAUUGCCCAGCCAAUAACAAUACUGCAUGACGCAUAACAAUACCGCAUGACGCAUAAACAUGCCUUCGUGCAGCCCUGCACCAGGCAUCGGACGCUGUGUUACGCAGUGAGCCCGACCCUGC